CACAAACCAACAGCACCGCCACAUUUACCCGCCAUGUCUCUCUCAAUACCCAGCGCCCCGAACGCCGGUCUCUUCAAGCAAGGCUAUCAGAACUACGACGCCGAAGAUGGAGCAGUUCUCCGCAACAUCGACGCCUGUCGCACGAUCGCACAAACAGUUCAGACCUCUCUCGGACCGUAUGGCCGCAACAAGAUCGUCAUAAACCACCUGCAGAAAAUGAUAUUGACUUCGGAUGCCGCCACCAUAUUGCGGGAGCUGGAGGUUGUGCACCCCGCGGCGAAAUUGCUGGUUAUGGCUAGUCAACAGCAAGAGGCGGAGAUGGGGGAUGCGACGAACAUGGUGAUUGUACUGGCUGGAGAGCUGUUGAAGAAAGCCGAGGAGCUGCUGAGGAUGGGGCUUAAGACAAGCGACAUUGUGUUGGGCUACGAGAAGGCACAGACGGCUGCUUUAGAGAUUCUAGAGGAAUUGGUGUGCGACAAAGUUGAGGACAUCAGGUCACAAGAGGAGCUCAGCAAAGCCAUCAGCACCGUCGUGGCCGCUAAACAAUCUGGCAGCGAACAAUUCCUCGCACAACUGGUUGCCGAAGCUGUUCUCGCUGUCCUGCCCAAGAAUCCCGUCAACUUCAACGUCGACAACAUCCGCGUGGUUAAGAUCAUGGGUGGUAGCCUGGAGCAGAGCAAAGUGGUCAGAGGCAUGGUCUUCGCGCGAGAACCAGAAGGCCUUAUCAAAACGGCAAAGAAGGCGAAGGUUGGAGUAUACUCGUGCCCUAUCGACAUCAGCCAGACCGAGACAAAAGGGACAGUUCUCCUUCACAAUGCUAAGGAGAUGCUCGAUUUCACAAAAGGCGAGGAGCACCAGAUCGAGAACAUCAUCAAGGAACUCCACGACUCCGGCCUCCGCGUCGUCGUCGCUGGGUCGACCAUCGGCGAGCUAGCACAGCACUACCUCAACCGCUAUAAUAUCCUCGUCAUCAAGGUCCUCUCCAAAUUCGAAAUCCGCCGGCUCUGUCGCGUUGUCGGUGCCACUCCUCUCGCCCGUCUCGGUGCACCCAUGCCGGACGAAAUGGGAACCAUCGAUAUUGUCGAGACCCUCGAAAUCGGCGGCGAUCGUGUGACGGUCUUCCGGCAAGAAAAUGAGCAGACCCGAACCGCAACCCUAGUCCUACGAGGUGCAACCCAAAACUACCUUGACGAUGUAGAGCGCGCCAUCGACGACGGUGUCAACGUCGUCAAAGCCAUCACCCGCGACCCACGACUUGUCCCCGGCGCCGGCGCCGCAGAAAUGCAACUCAUCGAACGGAUCACGAACCUCGCCGACAAAACUCCAGGACUCUCACAAUACUCAAUCCGGAAAUACGGUGAAGCUUUUGAAGUGAUUCCGCGUACCCUUGCCGAAUCCGCUGGUCUCGAUGCCACGGAAGUUCUCUCGCGCCUAUACUCCGCGCACGCUGCGCAGAAGGGCAAGAAAGACGAUGAGUGGACGGUUGGCGUGGACAUCGAGAACGAGGAUGGGACGGGGACGCUGGAUGCCAAGGAUGAAGGGAUCUUGGACCUGUGGGUUACGAAGAGCUGGGCGAUUAAGUUGGCAACGGAGGCGGCGAGAACGGUAUUGAGUGUUGAUCAGAUUAUCGUGGCGAGGCAGGCGGGUGGCCCAAAGAUGCCAGGAAAGGCUCAGCAGGGGAAUUGGGAUCAGGAUGAUUAGAUGAGGGAAGCUGUGGAGGGGGGUUUCUUAGAGAAGAAUGAGAUGUAUGAUGAAGUGAAUACCAUAGAUGGGAUCAUUGAAUAGGCUCUGGCACUCUAACCAUGAAAGAAUGCCUUCUUGACGGUAAUGCACAGAGAAGGCGACCAAUUGAAGAC